UCUAACAGUUGUUUAUAUUUAUUAGUUCGCAAAGAAUUUGUAUUUUCAAUGGAUUCCAAGUGGUUAGGCCUCACGCUGGUUGUGCUACUGCUUUGCUCCCUUUUGUGCUCUUUACAAGCUCUCGAAGUUCCCGAGGUUGUAAAGAAACAGGUUAAGAAGGUUCACGCUCGGUGCGUAAAUCAAACUGGUGUAUCUGAAGCGAUGAUAGUCGAAACGCACAAAACACAGCAGUUGCCAAAUGAUCCUACUUUCAAGUGCUUCCUACACUGCAUGUUCGACAUGUUUGGUCUGAUCGACAGUGAGCAAGUAAUGCACUUGGAGUCACUGAUCGAAGUACUGCCGGAAACUAUGCACGAAAAGGUGAAGCGAUUGGCUGAUACAUGCGGCACGCAAAAGGGUGUUGAUGCGUGCGAUACUGUGUACCAGUCUAUUAAAUGUUAUAUGGAUACAGAUGGACCUUUUAUAAGAUCGUCUGUCGACCAGUUGCUGGGCUAGGGCUUACAAGAAAAAACUCACUUA